AUGUUUUAUUAAACAAUUCAUAUUUUGUUUUACUUUUGUAUAUGAGAAAAAUUCCUUAGGGUUUUCUGAUAGUUGGAUUCAUUUAGGGAAUGCAAAAGUUAUUUAUCAGUCUACUGUUAUAAAUAUAUUUCACAGUUAUUCUUAAAAAAUUAAUUUUGAGUGUGAUAACUUGAGUAAGUAAGAUGGCCAUCCCCCGCAGGUUAGGCCGGACUGUGAUGAUCAGUGGCGAGCUCAGAGAACAAGCAAGGGAAUCGGAAAAGGCCCCACUACCUCUGUCAAGAUGCACCACUGUCCCUACUGUUCAUAUUCAUCCACAACAAAGACAAACUGCACCAACCAUAUGCGUACACAUACUGGAGAAAAGCCCUUUUCAUGUGGGUCUGGACAGAGACGGUGAGAGAACUUGUGGGAGAGGAGCACCACGCAUCGGGAAAGGGUUCUUAACCACCACCAAGAUACAUCAGUGUCCCUACUGUGCCUACACCACUCCUGUUACUACCCAUUUAAAGGAUCAUUUACGGACCCACACUGGGGAAAAACCCUUUUCCUGCCCAUAUUGUCCAUAUCAGGCAACAACAAAGAGUAAUCUUACGAAGCACACACGCAUUCAUACUGGAGUAAAGCAGUUUGUUUGCCCACAUUGUUCAUAUUUUUGUACAAAGAAGUUUUACCUCGAUAAACAUAUACUCUCGCACACAAGUUUAAAACCAAAUGUAUAGCUAUAGAUGAAAGAUUUGAAUGGCAUUGCUUUCAUUUUAUGAAUAUUAUUUUUACACUGUGUGCCAGUUUUUGAUCUCUACGUAGAUAAUGAAAUAAGGAAAAGCAUUUAGUUUUAUUUGUAUUUAGUAAAAGAUAAUAGAUUUACAGAAAAGCAGCCAAACACAUGAUUUAAUAGAAAAGGUUUCAACCUUUAAGCUUUUGUGAUUAUAUUUUGAUGUAAAAGGAAAAUUUAAAUAAGUUUAGGUUUAAGUGAAUAUGUGUGUACAUAAUAUUUUGCUGUUUAUAGAUGAUUGAAUAAAGAAUUAUGAAGUCA